AUGGUGGUUUCAGUAAAAGCAAGUUUCACGGAGGCGUCUCGAGACAUUCAACAUGUGUCAGUAAAACUACGGCAGUGUUUGUUUUACGACGAGUCUUCGUAUUUGCCUUUUUACACACACAGCGAUUGCUUGCUAAAAUGCAGAAUGCUAUUUUUAUUUGAUAAAUGCAAUUGUACACCAUUCAAUAUGCCAAAAAUGGUCAAUAAACGAACAUGCGAUAUGAGAGAUGUACCGUGUUUAAAAAUAUUUAAUGCUCAAUCAACAACAGUGAGACCUGAUGUAGACGUCGUCCUCCCAGAGUUGGAGCUGGACAUGGUUGGAGGUGGAAUAAAUUGCCCUAUGUGUUAUCCUAGUUGCUCUAAAACUGCUUAUAGUUACGAAUUCAUGAAUACAAAAAUAUGGCCAGAACACCUAAAUACAGUUGCAGAUUCUGAUAGAUUAGAUUGGCUACGUGGCGCGAAUUUCACCGGAACAUCUAUUGUUCAUGUGAAGUACGCAAGGGAAAUAGCUGACUGCUAUGGACAGAAUGUUAUAAUGAAAUGGUUCGACUUGAUCAGCAACAUUGGGUCAACUUGUGGAUUUGUAACUGGAUUUAGCUUCGUAUCGGUGAUAGAGUUUAUUUAUUUUUAUACAGUUAAAUUAUUUCGUGAGAUCGAGAGUCGACGUCGUCAAGGGAAACGCAUCGCCAGCGAAUCGUCUACCACAACCCACUUUGAACCUACCAAACAAACUAAUUUUGAACCUAUUAGUCGAUAUCGACCUAUUUACUGGAAUGAAAUUGCUGGCUCAACUCAGUGGAGACAUGAAGCUCCUUACUAA